ACAGACAACAGCAAAAUGGCCAGAGUUUGUUUACAGCUUUUUAUUGCCAUUUUGCAACUGCAGAUCCACGGACUUGGUGCUGAGAUUCAAGAAGGAAGCUCAGCAGCUGUGUUUGUGACCCAGCAGGCGGCACACAUGGUGCUGCAUCGCCAGCGAAGGCACAACAGUGGUCAUCUGGAAGAAGUUUUCCAAAAGGCCAACCUGGAGCGAGAAUGCAAAGAGGAAGUCUGCUCGAUGGAGGAGGCCAGGGAGGUGUUUGAGAAUGAUGAGAAAACUAUGGAAUUCUGGGCUGUUCAUGUUGAUGGUGAUCAGUGUAGGCCUCAACCCUGCCAGAAUGGAGGAGUGUGCCAAGAUGGAAUCAACUCUUAUAUUUGCUGGUGCCGACCAAACUUCGGCGGCAAGAACUGUGAGACCGACAUAACCAAACUGUGCUCGGUCAACAAUGGUGGAUGUUCACAUUUCUGCCUGAUGCAAAAUCAGCGAGUCGUGUGUCAGUGUGCAGCAGGCUAUAAACUUGGAGCAGACAAGAAGACUUGUGAACCAAUAGUGCAGUUCAGCUGUGGUCAUGUGGUCCUGCCCUCCGGCAUCAUCACCAGGUCCAUCAUGCCAAUGCAAUCAUCAACGGUGGCAUCCUCUGCUCCAACAAGACAAAAUUCCUCUGAUGACUACAAUAACCAGCCUGAUGACUAUGAUGAGGAUACAGAUUAUGAACUCAGUCCUGCAGUGAAUGUGUCAGACCUGCCCGUGUCUUUGACAGAUGAAGCGAGCUCAGUGAAACUGGACUUCAGUCCUAGGUUAAGUCGAGCUGAGGCUGAUGUUGGUUCUGAUGCAAGUCACGCUAAACCCCCCACAGAGGAGCUCUCAUGGGGUUUCUCCAAACUCCCCAACAUUACAGCUGAAACGAACUCUGACCAGAGGAUCGUAGGAGGUGAUGAGGCCAUUCCUGGAGAGAUACCUUGGCAGGUGGCCCUGAUGACUCACUCAGAGACUCUGAACAGAGCCGAGCCGUUUUGUGGAGGCUCUCUGAUUAGUGACAUCUGGGUGAUUACUGCAGCCCAUUGCCUGGAGAAGUCGGGUCAAAGAAGGACAGAUUUUUUUGUCAGAGUUGGUGAACAUGAUAUAGUUGUUCAUGAGGGUCCAGAAAGAGACCACUCCGUGGCAGAGCAGCAUGUUUACUACGAGUAUGAUUCUGUGAAGUCCCAGUACAACCAUGACAUUGCACUGCUGAAGCUGGCCUUUCCAGUGGAGCUGUCAAACCAGAGGCGUCCUAUCUGCCUGGGCCCCAAAGAGUUCACACAGAACAUCCUGAGAGGGUCUACAAACUCCCUGGUGAGCGGCUGGGGAAGGAUCCGUUUCCAGGGCCCCGAGGCCAGCAAGCUUCAGAAGCUGUCAGUCCCCCACGUGGACCGGACCCUGUGUAUACAGAGCAGCCGGGACCACAUCACCCGGUACAUGUUCUGUGCCGGUUAUCCACACGGGCAGAUGGAUUCGUGCCAGGGGGACAGUGGGGGGCCACUUGCCACCAGUUACAAAGGAACCUGGUUCCUGACGGGCAUCGUCAGCUGGGGGGAGGAGUGUGCCAGGAAGGGGAAGUAUGGUAUCUACACGCGAGUGUCGCGGUACUACAAGUGGAUCAGUAAUACAACAGGGAUCAUAAAGGCUGAAUAA